AUGGCAGACAGAGCCGCAGCCGAAAGGGCGUGCAAAGACCCGAACCCCAUCAUUGAUGGCAGGAAAGCCAAUGUGAACCUGGCGUAUUUGGGAGCAAAACCAAGGAGUAUUCAAACUGGUUUUACCAUAGGUGUGCAACAGCUACAUCCAGCCUUUAUUCAGAGACCCUUUGGCCUCACGCCUCACUAUGUUUACCCGCAAGCUAUCAUCCAGCCCAGCGUGGUGAUCCCUACCCCUGUGCAGUCCAUCACAUCUCCCUACAUCGACUACACCGCCGCCAGCCAAGCCUAUUCCCAGUACACCACGGCUGCCUACUACCAGCCCCAGCAGCUGCAGCCCGACCGCAUGCAGUGA